UCUAUGCUUCAGGCCAAACUUUCAUGAAAACCUCACGGGCGUAGCAAUCAAACCGGCCUGCAAGCGAUCCAAUGCAUACCCCUCCCAACUCCGCCGUCUUCCCCUCUCUACUUCUCAUCUCACUAUUCUGCCUUCCCCUCUUCCGGCCCGGCAGCGCCAAUUUCCCACUCAAUCAAAUCAGCGGGAGCACCGGCAACUUCACCGCCAACAGCACCUACGAAUCAAACCUCCGCCGGCUCCUCUCCGGCAACUCCGAGCAGGUUAUCAAGUGGGAUGUCUUAGCAAAUAAAACGCCACCAGCAACCCCGUCUUCCCUAGCAACUAGAGAUUCGGGGCCAGGGAAACGUGAGCUUCGCACUAUUGUUAUAGCUACAUGUCUCACGGCACUCUUUUCUUGCUCCCUCCUAUGUCUUAUGUGUAUCAAAAGGCAAAGGCGCGCCGGGAAGGCGAAGUUGUAUAGCACUCGGCCAACUUUUGCUUUUGAUAUUGAUGAAGUAAUUAAGCCUUGGAAGAGUGAAGAAAGCAACUCCGAAUUUAAAUUAUUUGAUUUUGUUUCCGUAGCAAACUCCACGAACAAUUUUUCCAUUGAAAACAAACUUGGUGAGGGUGGAUUUGGGCCCGUUUACAAGGGUCAAUUAUCAGAUGGGCUUGAAAUAGCAGUAAAGAGACUCUCUGCGCAUUCAGGCCAAGGUCUACUAGAAUUCAAGAAUGAGGUUCAACUUAUAGCAAAACUUCAACAUCGAAAUCUCGUACGGCUACUAGGCUGCUGCAUUCAAGAAGAAGAGAAAAUAUUAGUCUAUGAAUUUAUGCCGAAUAAAAGCUUGGAUUUCUUCCUCUUUGAUCAAAUAAGAGGAGCACUAUUAGAGUGGCAAAAGCGCUUUACUAUUAUUGAAGGGAUAGCAGAAGGACUUCUUUAUCUUCACAAGCACUCGAGACUGCGAGUUAUCCAUAGAGAUCUAAAGGCAAGCAAUAUUCUCUUGGAUUGCGAGAUGAAUCCUAAGAUAUCUGAUUUUGGCUUAGCUAGAAUCUUUAGUUCCAAUGAAACUCAAGCAAACACAAACAGGGUUGUUGGUACAUAUGGUUACAUGUCUCCUGAAUAUGCUUCUGAGGGUCUUUUCUCGGUCAAGUCUGAUGUCUUUAGUUUUGGCGUCUUACUUCUCGAGAUCGUAAGUGGAAAGAGAAAUGCUGGUUGCCACCAAUAUGGGAAUCAUCUUAACCUCCUCGGAUAUGCUUGGGAGGUUUGGAAAGAGGGAAAAUGGUUUGAGCUCAUUGAUCCAUUACUACAUGAUAGUCGUGAAACAUAUGAGAUAUCGAGGUGCAUUCAUGUGGCACUAAUGUGUGUUCAAGAGAACGCAGCUGAUCGACCCACUAUGUCAGAUGUGAUUGUGAUGCUAAGCCAUGAUAGUAUGAGCCUACCAGAUCCAAAGCAACCGGCUUACUUCAAUGUGAGAAUCAUGGACGAAGCAGAGAUGGCAUCCAAUUUCAUCGUGCCUAUCACUGUAAAUGAGAUUACUAUUACUGAUAUAGAAGGACGAUAAUGCUACUUUAGUUGCUUUUUUUUUUUCUUUUUUUCUGAGGUAGCAUCCAAUUUCAUCGUGCCUAUCACCGUAAACGAGAUUACUAUUACUGAUUUGGA